AUGGGAGAUCAGGAGUUCUCACAAAUGCCUACCUUUGACAUGGAAAUGGACAUUCAAUACGAUCCAGAAAAGUGGCUCACGAGAGGUCAGAUACCUGAAGGAGAAAAUAAACGUUGGGUUAGGAGAUUACGCGAGCAAAGUGAUCUCUGUCGACAACAAGCCAAAUUACACAACGGCGUUGACUUGGCUGUGCCCUAUGGUGAAAUUACAAAAGAUCAGAAGGGAACGGAAGCGUUUGAUUGGUUCGCUCCUUUUCGGAUUCCAGACAAAAUUCAACAUGUAAUUGUAUACAUUCAUGGAGGAUACUGGAAAGCAUUGGAUCUACCCGAAUCUAGUCAUUGGGCUACGGCCGUAACCGAUUUCGGAGCAAUCUUUGUCGGAUUAGCUUAUCGAUUAGCACCAUGGCAAUCAAUACAAACUAUGCCACAGCGCAUCUGUCAAGGACUUCAGACUGUAUUCGAACAUUCGAAAAAACGAAUUGCCGAAAAAAUCAAAUCCAAACCAAACAUGCACAUGCAUCUGGUCGGCCACUCAGCCGGAGCACAAAUGGUUAUCGAAUCUAUCGUCAAAGCAACCCAACUACCGACAGAUCAACAGGAAUGGCUUCACUCAGUACAUUCGCUCAUCCUCAUUUCGGGAGUGUAUGAUUUGCGUCCACUCAUUCAAACCUCAAUGAACCAGUAUCUGAAGUUCGACAGUGUGGAACAAGCAUGGGAAGUUAGCCCAUUACGACUAUUUGCCGAAUCGAAUAUGAUAAACCAGAUCCCUGCAUCCAUCCGUUGGCUGAUUGCGUGGGCUCAGUAUGAUUCGCCGGCUUUUAUUGAACAGUCCCGUCAGUUGAUAGAUUUUAUGCGAUCCAAAUGUGGACAUGGGAAGAAUCAGUCUGAUUGUUGUGACGGUCGUGUGAGCAUAUUCUGCAUUUCGGAUGAAGAUCACUUCUCGAGCAUUGAAAAAUUGCACGAAGGUAUGAAAGGAAGUAGCAUGUUUAAAAAACUAUUUGAAUUUAUUCGUGUUAAAUGUUAA